GUCACCAAGGUGGUCACGCGGAACUUGAACAAGGUCAUCGACAGGAACUACUACCCAGUUCCUGAAGCUCGAAAAUCCAACUUCCGCCAUCGACCGGUGGGUCUUGGCGUGCAGGGCCUCGCUGAUGCCUUCCUCAUGAUGAAGUUGCCCUUCGAAAGCGACGAGGCCAGGCGACUGAACGAGGACAUCUUUGAGACCAUCUACUUCGCAGCUUGUGAGGCCUCCUGCGAGCUUGCCGAGCUUUCCGGGCCCUAUGAGACCUUUGCCGGAAGUCCAGCCAGCCAAG